CACUCCCCCAUCUUGGCUCUCACACUCUCCGUCAGAGGACAGGAGGACUGCUGUCCGGCUGCAGGCUGUCUAAACCGGGACGUACUCAGACUAGGUGGAGAGUUAACUCGCUUGAGGAAACCAGAGGAGGGUCCCAGAACAGAAUAUCCUACAGUCCUUGAACAACAUGGGUGCAGUCAUCUCACGGUGGAGGGCUAAGCCAUCCACUGUGGAGAUUUUGGAGGGAAUCGAUAAGGAUAUACAGAUCCUUGAAGAAUACAGUGAGAAGUAUCAGAGGCAGUUGAAGAUAUGGGUCGGGCGACUGCUUCUGUACUCGGCUCUUCUUUUCCUGAUCACAUGUAUAGUUGUGUAUUUCUGCUACCUGCCUGAACAGUUGAUGGGACAGCUCAUAUUGUCUCUUCCCUUCGUAAUAUUUCCGUUUUUAGUUUGGUUACUUCGAAAAAUCCUCAUUAUUAUUUUUUCACGAAGAACUGAAAGAAAUAAUGAAAAAUUAGAAGAUCUUAAAGCACAAAAAAGGAAAAUACUUGAAGAAGUUAUGGAAACAGAGACAUAUAAAAAUGCUAAAAUGAUUCUGGAGAGAUUUGAUCCUGAUUCCAAGAGAAAAAUUGAGCUUGAAUCCACUCCAGUUGGACCUCAGAUGACUCCAAAACCAGGCCAAGAGCUCCGCCAACGCAAUAUCAUCCCAAAGACCCCCUCAGUGGCAGUGAAUCCUGCAAGCGGCGCUGCUGCUCGGCCCCCUCUUACCUCUGGGCCCACCUAUCCUGGACGGUCCUCCCACUCUGCUCCAGGUGGACCCCCAGAGAGGAGCCUGUCUGCUAUAGCUGCUCAGCAGAGCUUGAUGAGGAGGCCUGUGACCCCUGGAACACCUGUUCAAGGAGUCGGGAUGCACCCCCCAGGCCCGCCCCUGGCCAGACCUGUGGUCCCAAGAGAAAGAGGCGCAAUGGACAGAGUCAUUGAGUAUCUUGUUGGAGAUGGCCCUCAGAACAGAUACGCUCUCAUCUGUCAGCAGUGUCUGUCCCAUAACGGCAUGGCAUUAAAAGAGGAAUUUGAAUAUGUUGCCUUCCGAUGUGCAUAUUGUUAUUUCUUGAACCCUGCGAGAAAGACCAGGCCUCAAGCACCCAGACUCCCUGAGGUCACUGGCGAACUGAAGAUGUCCUCUGAGGCACCCUUACCUUCGUCUGCUGCUGCUGACGAAGAUGACGACCAAUCACUUUUAGGGCAAACCAAGCUUGCUGACGUCUCCACUGACACAGACACCCAACAGCCAUGCACACCAACAACCACAGAGCCCAGCUCUGCGUCAGACAGCCAAAGCAACCCAGAGUCACAAGAUCUGCCCUCUGAGAAAUCUGACGGAGAGCAAGAUGUGUCUGCCAUGGAAGUGGAAUAAAACAGUACAGUAGUUAUUUCAACACUGUAGGCUGUCAGGCUGGAACAAUGUGAUAACCGUUGACUUGCAAGUAAAUGCCGUGAGUUGAAAUAACACAAUAACAAGUCAGCAGUUGAUGUGAUUUUCAACUUACAGUACAGAAUGUCCUUUCUUUUGAGAAUAGCUUUUAUAGUUCUAGCCAUGAAUAUUAAAUUGCAUAAUGCUAGCAUUUGGCUGCAACCUCCAUACAACCCAACUUUCCUGUCUGAUUACAUUUCCUUCCCGUUCUCAUAACAUCUUAUUCAAAGCUGUAAGGAUUAUCCUACAUGGUGGGGAUUUUGUAUAGGAAAAUUAUUUUCCUGUGUUUUCUUUAUUUUAUUAUCCAUAUUUUAUUUGUAUUUGACUGAAUUUCUCAACAGUAUUCUAUCUUGGUUAAUUUGAUACUGUGGAAACAAAACAACAAAUAUUUUGUGGGGAAAACAAAAUGUUAUUUAUGGGAAAUAUUUAUAAAUAUUUUUCUAUAAUGCUGUGCCUUUCAUGAAGGUGAUGACUGAGAUACUCUGCAGCACGGUGAUGCUAACACGUUUACACAACCAUGGUACCAUAAUAGGAAUGCAUAUACACCAUGUAUUUAUCGCUAAAAUGGAGAAGAUUUAUGUCCGUACUGUGCACCUGCCCUAAGUGCCUUUUUUAUAUUUUAAUUCUCUGUUUCAGAGAGUUGUCGAUACAACUUAUUUACAUAUAGACCAUAAAGUCAUUGAACUGUUUACAGACUGUAUCUGUGUGCUGUAUGUCGGAAUUCUUGUUCUGAAUAAAUAAUAAACUUUUU